UCCACGCAUCUCUUCUUCUUUCCCACAACGCCGGCGCUAUUUUCACGCAUUUUCUUGUUUUUCUUAAAUAAAGUAGCAAAAAUCAAAUAAACACCAUGUCGGCUGGUAUGCCCAUCAACCCCAAGCCAUUCUUGAAUGGCCUCACAGGAAAACCGGUGCUCGUGAAGCUGAAGUGGGGACAGGAGUACAAGGGCUUCCUGGUUUCCGUGGAUGGAUACAUGAACAUGCAGCUGGCUAACACCGAGGAAGUUAUUGAGGGCUCCGUCACCGGCAACCUCGGCGAAGUGCUCAUCCGCUGCAAUAAUGUGCUGUACAUCAAGGGCAUGGAAGACGAUGACGAGGAGGGCGAGAUGCGCGAUUAGAUUGAAUGGAGGAGCACCCACAACUUAGCUUAAGUCUUAUGAAAUAAAGCUAUAUUUAUUUUGUAGUAAAAAAAA